AUGAGCCUAAUGGGACAGCCAGGAACUGCAGCCCGCCCGGCGCCCGGCAGCAUGUUCAGCUGGGUGAGCAAGGACGCGCGGCGCAAGAAGGAGCCGGAGCUCUUCCAGACGGUGGCCGAGGGGCUGCGGCAGCUGUACUCGCAGAAGCUGCUGCCCCUGGAGGAGCAUUACCGCUUCCACGAGUUCCACUCGCCGGCGCUGGAAGACGCCGACUUCGACAACAAGCCCAUGGUGCUGCUCGUGGGCCAGUACAGCACCGGCAAGACCACCUUCAUCCGGCACCUGAUCGAGCAGGACUUCCCGGGAAUGCGCAUCGGGCCCGAGCCCACCACGGAUUCGUUCAUCGCGGUCAUGCACGGCCCCACUGAGGGCGUGGUGCCGGGCAACGCGCUCGUCGUGGACCCGCGGCGGCCCUUCCGCAAGCUCAACGCCUUCGGCAACGCCUUCCUCAACAGGUUCAUGUGCGCCCAGCUGCCCAACCCGGUCUUGGACAGCAUCAGCAUCAUCGACACACCCGGCAUCCUGUCUGGAGAGAAACAGCGCAUCAGCAGAGGGUACGACUUCGCGGCCGUCCUGGAGUGGUUCGCCGAGCGUGUCGACCGCAUCAUCCUGCUCUUCGACGCCCACAAGCUGGACAUCUCAGACGAGUUCUCUGAGGUCAUCAAGGCCCUCAAGAACCACGAGGACAAGAUCCGCGUGGUGCUGAACAAGGCCGACCAGAUCGAGACGCAGCAGCUGAUGCGGGUGUACGGGGCCCUCAUGUGGUCCCUGGGCAAGAUCAUCAACACGCCCGAGGUGGUCAGGGUCUACAUCGGCUCCUUCUGGUCCCACCCCCUCCUCAUCCCCGACAACCGCAAGCUCUUCGAGGCCGAGGAGCAGGACCUGUUCAAAGACAUCCAGUCUCUGCCCCGCAACGCCGCCCUCCGGAAGCUCAACGACCUCAUCAAGAGGGCGAGGCUGGCCAAGGUGCACGCCUACAUCAUCAGCUCCCUCAAGAAGGAGAUGCCCAACAUGUUCGGCAAAGAGAGCAAGAAGAAGGAGCUGGUGAACAACCUGGGCGAGAUCUACGCCAAGAUCGAGCGGGAGCAUCAGAUCUCCGCCGGCGACUUCCCGAGCCUCCGCAAGAUGCAGGAACUCCUGCAGACCCAAGACUUCACCAAGUUCCAGGCCUUGAAGCCCAAGCUGCUGGACACAGUGGACGACAUGCUGGCCAACGACAUCGCCCGGCUGAUGGUGAUGGUGCGCCAGGAGGAGUCCCAGAUGCCCUCCCAGGUCGUCAAGGGCGGGGCCUUCGACGGCACCAUGAACGGGCCCUUCGGGCACGGCUACGGCGAGGGGGCCGGGGAGGGCAUAGACGACAUCGAGUGGGUGGUGGGCAAGGACAAGCCCACCUACGACGAGAUCUUCUACACGCUGUCGCCCGUCAACGGCAAGAUCACGGGCGCCAACGCCAAGAAGGAGAUGGUGAAGUCCAAGCUGCCCAACACGGUGCUGGGCAAGAUCUGGAAGCUGGCCGACGUGGACAAGGACGGGCUGCUGGACGACGAGGAGUUCGCCCUGGCCAACCACCUCAUCAAGGUCAAGCUGGAGGGCCACGAGCUGCCCACCGACCUGCCCCCGCACCUGAUCCCGCCCUCCAAGCGGAGGCUCGAGUGA